GCGUAUGGAGUGAAUUAUGAUCUCGUAUCGCUCGACGCUCAAGGUAGUUUGCAAAUUGAACUUCUUGACCCCAUCACGUCAAUACCAAAAUACAACUCAAUUAUCCAAACCCAUGCAAGAUUGGCGUAUUCUUCCAACGGUAAUUGGAAUAGUAACGGCAUCGGGGCUCAAAAAGCUAUUCUGGACGACUACUGUGCGAAGUAUGACGUGAGGAGAGUAAUGCUCAAUUCAGGCCCGACACAUCUCGAUGAUGACGCGAUAAACGGACUCGACGGACGGUUAAGCACCGCAGCAACGACAGUGGCCUUCGGUGUGGAGGCUUCGUUGGAGGGAAUCAAUAACGCUGUUCAACCAGGUGUGGCUAUGAAGGUCGGCCACGAAAACGAGUUCACGAAUAACCGCUACUGGAUCGUCCCAGGUUAUCUAGAUGAUGCUUUAAACACGGACAAACAUAUCCUACCGUUGCUCAGUAUGUACUUCGAGGUGGCCAGUACGGACAUCGGAAAGGUGACAGAGCCUGUUGGCGCUAUCUCGACCGCCUUGGGAGGGGUGAUCCAUCGUAAUGUUGUUUCCGGUGUAGAAAUCAUGUAUUUCUUCUUCACAGCGAACACCAACGGCCUACUCGGCCCCGCUCUCGCACACUCCUGGUUGCCAUGGGUUACGAAAGGUCUAUUUAUGGGUCAACGGAGACUCCUGCUAGACACGCAGAUAGAUGACUUCUAUCUCGAUACCAGAACAUACAACUCGGGGCCAAGGUACCGUAACACAGCAACCGACUAUGAAUUCCACGCUGCCGAACAGGAUAGAAUCAAUGCCGCAAGCAUGCUUAAUGCAUAUUCCCAUCCGAACAAUUGGUCGCCAAAUUCCAUCGUGACCCCGGGAAUUUCGGGUCUGAACUACACCGAAUCCGUUAGUGCCAUGUUGGAAGCCGGACACCGUUUUGCGGUUGGCGACAACUCGCGUGCAGACCUAAAGCCUGAGAACCCCUGGCACCCCUUUGUGGCCCAAGUGAAAGCCGGUGCAGGUGGCAAGCUCCUGACCGAUCUAGAAAAGACAUCCUUCGAAGACAAUAUGGAGCGCUUGUACGGUCAAAGGUCUAUAUAUGUUAUACCGAGAAUGGCUACGCAGAUAUACUUCGAUGCUGCCACCCAGCAACAGUUGCGGGAUGAAUUCAAUAGCUUCUACGGCCCUACUUGCUACGGCUAUGAUCAGAGUGCAUCGGCAACAGACGGGGGGUAUAAGUGCAGCGUGGAUUCGUGGAAGUACCCGCGUGACUUGACAGCAGCUGAGAUCAUUGACAUGGAGGGCAUCCGCACGGCGAGGAACUUGUUACUGUUAAGAAUCGACCCUUACAUGUUCCACCAAGCCAACCUCGCCGUGUCCGAGGGUGUAAGUUUUCUCAGCCUGUGGCUGCGAGCGGUGACUAAGUGGAUAAACUCGUACGUGAGCUUUCCCAUCGUCACGUAUAAGAUGGACGAUUUAGGCCUGUACUUUCUCAGGCGCAAGUACAGAGACGAGUGUGGGUUACAGGCGACUGUCACAUACACUGGCGGCUUACCCGUGCGUAUGGCAGUCUCUGCCCAGGGCAAGUGUUCAGCGGUGGUCACCCACUCUAGGACACCCGGCUCAGAACUGACUGUACCUCGCAUGAGAGGCGUUCAGUAUGGCGAGUAUGACACCAACUACUACCUACCUAUGGCUGCGGACCGUACGACUAUAGUGCAAUUAGGCUUGGGUGAGUGCGAUAAUACCUGUCUCGCUACGUGA